AUGUCCUCUGGGGCCAGCAAGAGCGGCCUGCAGCACCUAGAGGAGCAACUGAAGCUGGAGGCCUGUGUGGAGUGGAUCAAGGUCUCCCAGGCAGCUGCCCAUCUUCUACAGUACUGCAUACAAAAUGCCGGAAAGGAUGCCCUGCAGGUGGGUGUUAGAGCAGGAAGCAAUCCCUUCUGGGAACCCAGGUCCUGUGCAUUGUUUUAA